AUAAACGAAAAACGCCGGCGAUUUGGACCAUUUUAUUGCAGUAAACUGUUUUGGGUGUUUCAAAAUGUCUGGAAGAGGAAAGACUGGUGGUAAGACACGCGCGAAGGCUAAGACUCGCUCUUCCCGAGCUGGUUUACAAUUCCCAGUCGGCCGUGUUCACAGGCUCUUGCGGAAAGGCAACUAUGCCGAGCGUGUUGGCGCCGGUGCUCCUGUCUACUUAGCUGCUGUGCUCGAGUAUCUGACCGCUGAAAUUCUCGAGCUGGCCGGAAAUGCUGCCCGCGACAACAAGAAAACCAGAAUCAUCCCCCGCCACUUACAACUAGCAGUCCGUAACGACGAGGAGCUCAAUAAGUUGCUGGGUGGCGUGACCAUCGCCCAGGGUGGUGUGCUGCCUAACAUUCAGGCCGUGCUUCUGCCCAAGAAGACCGAGAAACCAGCUAAGAGCAAGUAAGCAACGGCGAUACGCUCAUCAACACCAACGGCUCUUUUCAGAGCCACC